AUGGAACAACGAUCCAAGAAAGGCGGCAACGCAGCAAGCCAAAAUGGUCCAACGGGCCAAGGGCAACGCACCGCUGCCGCACCCGCACUCGCACCAAAUUUCACAAUGGCAAGAAAGGGGGCCUCGUCGUCAGUAAAGGCGCGUGCGUUUGAUGACUAUCUUGGAGUACGACGAUGGACUCUUGCGGAGCCUGCGGAGCACUCACGACUCUUGCGCAACAGAGAUCUGGAAAUGGCAAACGACGCCGAACGGGUCAAGAUCACGAGUCCAGAAUUCAACACUCGUCACUGUGACAGCGUGCGGGCGCUAUCGUUCCCAUGUGCAUGCGUGAAGGCUGGUUAUAUUGAUUCUGAUUCGGAUUUGUUUAUAAUAUUUUUGGCGAGUUGA